CGAUAACACAUUUGUUUGAAGAGCGAAUUGAAUUUGUUUUUGAGCUACUAAGUUUGUUUAAUGGUGCAAUGAAUUUCGAUGCUAACGAUCCAGAGUUGGCAUUUAUAAGUGAUCAGGUGCAGCUAUGCAUGCUGCCUGCCUUAAAGAAAGAUCUGGAUAGUGUGCAGUUGCUGCCGUCGCACUUUGAAACCUAUCAUUCCUUACUCCAACAAGAGCUGCCCAAGUUGUAUGAUCUUCUACAGAGGAACAAGGAUAUCAUUUCGAAUGAUGUCCCAAACCACCAGUUGCGGGCACAGCUUAUUUUGCUAUUGUGCGAAUUGAUCGCAUCGCCAACGAUUUACAGCCUGAUUGGCGAAGCUGCUCUUCUGUUGCGAAAUGCCGAUGAAUACCUCGGGAAUUUGUUGUCCAUCUGCCACAAUGCUGAGGAAUCGCAUAUAUUUUGUUAUUAUGAGCAAAAGUUGCACAAGGAUUGUUGGAAGCGUCAGCUUGGCGCAGUUCAUGGUUUUGCCAGUUAUUUACAGAAGCGUUAUGCAAACGAUGUCAAAAUGUCCACAAAAAUGAUCACAUUCAGUGUAGCUGUGGGUCUAAAUGUGCGUGAAUGCUUUCAAUCGGAGUACAAGCAGCUUGGCGCUCGAAUCUUUUCACACAUGUUACAAAAUAGCCAUCCGGCUGAUAUCCAGCAGCUGAAUAUACAAGGCGUUAUCUAUGACAAUGUGUUUAGGGAUGCGCACAGCUUGCACCCGGUGGACACAACUUUCGAGAAUUGGAAUUGCCUUUGUCACUGCUUAGAUCAUUUCACGGAGCUGGAUGGUUUUAUGUGGAAUCAGUGCGAUGAGAUGCUCGAACGUCUUACACUAAAUGUCUCCCUCUCGUCCGAUGUUAAAAUGUCAAUUUGUCUGCUGAAUUUCAUAACGAAUCUGGGCUAUUACUUCACCCUAAAUAAGGAGGAAAUCCGAUUAGCAUUGUCCGCCGAUUUCACACAACCGAAUCAAAUCACUGCCUGCUUAGACGUCUGCUCCUCGCUCAAUGUCUGCACCAAUUAUCGAUGGGCCAAACACAUUCUGCAAAUGCUUCAGUUGGAAUCCGAGAAACUGUUGCAAAAUGCCGACUCCUGUGCCCAAUUGUUGGUCGCAAUGCAACGUUGCUUUUUAGUGUGCAUUCUUCCGAUUCCGCUUCAGGUUUUGCAUGUGCAUCUACCUGAAUUUUAUGCCAAGUUUGUGGCUGUCCUCAUGGAGUGUCUUGUCGUGCACAAGAAGGCUCACCCAAUCCUCAUGCUUACGCAGCAGUUUAUUCAAAUAUUUAUUUAUCAACUGAAAGAUUUCACGCCUGGACAUCAAACCACAAGUGAUCUGGAGGAAUAUGACACAGCGCUAAAGAGUUUAUAUGAUCAAAUUGCCAAAUAAAGAGCAGAACUAUAUUUCCA